AUGUCGCGGCAGACGCAGUCCCUGCUGCAGGAGCAGGACCAGCAGCUCUCCGUUCUCGGCCAGGGCGUCAAGCGUGUCAAGGCGCUCGCCGGCGACAUGCGGACGGAGUUGCAGGCAAGUGGCAGCCUCGCGCGUCGGCCACCGCGCGGCAGCGGAUUCCCACGUGACCUCUGCACACGCUGGUGGUGGCAGGACACACCUCAUCUCGCAGCGCCCGCGCUGGAGCAGACGGUGAUCCUCGAGAACCUGGAGGACGACAUCGACAGCGCGGACUCGUCGAUGAAGUCGAUGCGCAGCCGCAUGAACGCGCUCUACGCGCAGACCGCCUCCUCCGAGCGAGCUCAGUGGAGCAUCAUCCUGUGUUUGCUUGGCGUCCUCGCCGUCCUCACUCUCCUCGUCAUGUCUUGA